CAACCAGCGAUGCCAAUGGCGGCCUCAGCCCCGUCCGUCUUGGACAAGUUGUGAACCCUGCCGAUCUGCAACGAGUCCUCACCACAAUCCUCGGAGACUACGACCGCGUCCACGCUGAGAUCAUUCAACUUCGCCGAAAGGCUCGACUCGGCGGAGGUGGUGCACAGACUCUGAUCGCGAUGAAGGAACGAGAAUUAGCAGAUCUACGCGGGGAAGCGCAAAAAGUUAGAGAAGAUCUUGUCAAGAGCCAGGCUAGACAUGUCAGCAUGAACGCUAUCAAGACGCCUGACGCAUCGAGUCCGGACUUGGCACCGAAGGUCGAGCUCAUCGAGCUCGAGGAUAGUGGAGACGAUCGCCGACUGUCGCUGCCGACUCCUGGGCCUUCCAGGCCGCCUUCCCGCGAAUUUGCCCCAACUGGUCUAGCACCGGCAUUUACACCGGAACUCCCAAGAAGCGCCAUACUUCAGUAUAACUAUGUCCCUCCAGGCGGCAUGCAACAACCUGGAUCCGCGUCUCAAUUCCCAGGCACAACCGCCCCGAGCCAGGUCGGCUUCGGUCAAUUAGCCCAAAACGCCGCGCAGUAUAUAAACAACGGACUCAACGCUGGCGCAAAUAUCGUUCAGACCGCUGCACAGAUGGCCGCUCAACAUAUGGCUCAAUACAUGGCCCAGCAGAAACAGGUGAUUCCGGCUACCAUGAACGAACUUGUCGGCGCUGGAGCUCCGGCGUUUGGCCCGUCACGUCUGCCGGACGACGGAAGUGAAGAUGUAGACGAUGCAUUUCGUAGACCUGAUGUCGAUGCCGUUAAUGAAUUUGUCCUCGCGGCCGGCAAUGCGACAAUAUUCGACGAGAAUAUUAGUGUGAUGCAAGCGAUGAAGGGUCUCGGAUUGGAGAAUCAGCAGCAGCUCCUGCCUGGCAUGGAGUGUUUCCUGCUCCCUCACCAGCUGAUUGCAGUCAAGUGGAUGAACGAUCUAGAAACCGAUAAACAAAUGAAGCGCUACGGUGGAAUACUUGCCGACGAAAUGGGCUUGGGCAAGACUGUUCAGAUGAUCGCGUUGAUGUGCAAGAACCCUGCGCCCGCCGGUCAACCCCGCGCAACUCUUGUUGUCGCCCCAUUAUCCCUUCUCGAACAGUGGAAGUCGGAGAUUUUGGACAAGACGAAUACCGAUCUACAGGUCCACAUCUACCAUUCCUCGAAUCCGCAGAAAAGCAACAGUAAAAAUUUCCUCCAGAAUCGCGACGUCGUUAUCACUACUUAUGGAACCCUGGCCGGGGAGAUGCCGAAGGAAAUGAUGCAGCAACAGAAGCCUGACGCGAACGACCUCGAGCGCGCAAGGAGGAAAGCCGGUAUCCUAUUCCAGGCUUCCUGGCACCGAGUUAUUCUGGAUGAAGCACACAACAUUCGUAAUCGGGCCACUCGUCAGUCGCAGGCCGUCUCACACCUUGAUGCAAGGUAUCGCUGGUGCUUAACCGGCACACCUGUCAUCAACGGCCUCGCAGACUUUUAUGGUUACUUCCGUUUCAUCCGUCUGUGGCCAUGGCAGGAGUGGAAGCGCUACAACGAGCAUGUGGUAAAGUUGCAGAAAAAAAAACCGGUGCUGGCGUCCGACCGUGCCCAGCAUAUCCUGAAGACCUGCCUUCUUAGGCGCAAGAAGGACUCUAUGCUGGACGGUAAGAGGCUCAUCGAGUUGACCAGAAAGGAGGUUGUGCAGACAGUUCUGGACUUCAGCCCUGAAGAACGCCAGAUUUACAUGCACGUGCAGGGCAAGGUCCAGGCCGUUUUCAAUAGUUAUUUACGUGCCGGGACCGUGCUCAAGAACUAUUCACAUAUCCUUGUAUUGAUCCUACGCCUCAAGCAGCUAUGCUGCCAUCCGUCACUCAUUCAGGAGAAACAAGAAGAUGAACCUGACCAGAACCCUAGCACCGCCGAGGCAGAACUGAAGGCGGAGGUUGACCGCGCCGUGCGCCUACUGGGACAACCUUGGGUAGAUCAGCUGAAGACCAAACUGACCAAGGUGAUGGUUGAACGUGUCAAGACGGAACAGAGGUCCCUUGAUGAAGAAGUCGAGAAUGACGUCUGUCCGGUUUGCUUUGACACAAUGACGGAUCCUGUGGUCACUGCCUGCUCACACAUCUAUUGCAGAGAUUGUAUUGACAAGUUAUUCGAGCGGCCGAUGGAAGCAGACCCGGAAUAUAAAGCUGAUCAACGUCCAUGUCCUUCAUGUCGCCAACCUAUAUCCCUUAACCGGGUCUUCAUUCGAUAUGUCUUUGAACCAACCGAUGCCGAGCUCAACAAGCUCGUCGGGACUGCUCCAGAAGUCAUGGAGAUUGACUCAGAUGACGAAGACGAAAUCUUCUCCCUGGAUGAGUUGAUUGACUUGGGUCUCUCUCCGCGACGUCGCCGGGACGACAAACUUACAGUGAAGAAGGAGAUCAAGGAACUAGCCAAACGGAGUAAAAUCAAGCGAGAACGACUGAGCUCGCCCACUGCUUCCGAGGACGCGAACUCUGAUGACUCUAUUUACGACUUCAUUGUGCAUACGGACGAAGACGAAGACGAGAAAGAUCGACUCAAAGCGAUGAAGAAGAAAAAGGGAAAGCUGCCUGAAAAAGGUAAAGCGAGAAGCCUGUUUCAUAACAAGGCAGUCAAGAGGGAAGACAGCGACGAGGACUCCGAGGAGGAUUCUGAAGAGGACUCAAAGCCCAUCAAACUGAAUUUAACUCAGAAACGACCUCCAAGGAUGAGCAAAUUCUUACCAUCUACAAAAGUAUGCAGCGCAUGAUGGAAUCUAUCAAGACUUGGUCGCAGCAGUAUCCUGCUGACAAGGUCAUUGUGAUCUCUCAAUUUACAGCAUGUCUUGACCUCGUGGCACGAUACUUGGAUGAAAACGAAGUCAGUUACGUUCGAUAUCAAGGUGAUAUGGGGAGGAAUGAACGCGACGACUCAGUCCACCACUUCCAACGUAAAAAAGGGGGUCCCAGGGCCAUGCUUAUGUCGCUGAAAGCUGGAGGUGUCGGGCUGAACCUCACCCGAGCCAACCGAGUUAUUGCGCUAGACCUCGCAUGGUCUGAAGCCGUUGAGCAGCAGGCUUACGAUCGCGUGCAUCGACUAGGACAGACAAAGGAUGUCCUUGUUGAACGUCUGAUCAUCAAGGACAGCAUUGAGGAUCAAUUGCUGAAGAUCCAGGAGCGGAAGCGCGCAUUGGCCGAUGGGUCGCUUGGAGAGGGUGCUAGAGGGAAAAUGGGAAGGUUGAGUGUCCGAGAGAUUGCGGCUUUGUUUGGGAUCCAUGAUUUGCGCCGCCACUAAUGGCCUGCAAGAUAUCACAUUUUUAUCACACUUUCUCGCCAUAAUCUUAUUAUCAGUAAAGUCGUUUGGAAUGUGCAUAUAAUUCAUGGUGGGUUGUAGAGAUCUCGCGGGACAGAUAUGGGUCAUGUGAAGUCACGUGCUCGACGUGUUCUGGUUCAAUAUUAAAAGAGACUUUUCAAGGCACGAUCUGCUUCGACUUGGAGCGUUGCAACUGAAUGUCUCUACCGACAAGGUACCGGCUGAAUAUGUCCGACAACUUCAACUUCAUCCGAGCGCCUCUAGUGCCGAAAACAGCAAUUUCACGCUGGAACGACGCAGAAGAAAGUCCCGAACUUGGUUCUCCCCCCUCCCGAAAUCAAAAAUGGAACAAGCUGGCUAUUAGUUUGCCUACCCAACCCUUACAAGUCAUCCAACGAUCUCUACCUAUGGCCACCACUACUCUGUCACACCCAACUUCGCUGCAGAAGUCUUCAAAAUAUUUCCAAACCCGUCUUUCCGCCAUGGCAACUUCUGCAACGCGUCAAGACGUGACGCCUACGCCCGUCGCGAGAACAGUACAUUCAUCCGCCCCGCAUCAUGCGCCGGAUACUCUUCCAAAGCCUGCGGAAUUCAGCAAUAUCAAGCGAGAUGAGGGAGAGGUACAUCGCAGGAGUGGAGAUACUAACCGGACCAAAGAAUCACACCGCGCUCUAGAAGGCCCGCCUUCGGAUGACAUCAGCCAGGGUUUGGAGGUAAAUGCGAAUGGACUCGAUGUCUGGAUACAGAAUACCUCACUGGCUCAGUCGUUUGAAGAGAACGCGACGGUCCAGACUUCUUUGGACAUAUUGGGCCUGACCGAUCAGUCACAGAGGUUGGCAGGGAUGGAGAUCGCCCUCCUGCCGCAUCAAAUUAUCGGUGUAGCUUGGAUGAUCGAACAAGAGACCUCCCAAAAUAUUCGUCACUUUGGUGGUAUUCUAGCCGAUGAAAUGGGUCUGGGGAAAACGGUCCAAAUGAUUGCCACAAUGACCUUCAACCGUCCGACGCAAAGCAAGCAGACAGCAACCCUGAUAGUCUGUCCUCUUGCACUGCUGAGUCAGUGGAAAGCUGAAAUCGAAACAAAAAGCAUAUUCAAGUCGUACGUGUACCACGGAGCGGGUCGUACGAAGUCCCAUCAUAUCCUUGAACGCGAGGACGUGGUUCUCACCACCUAUCACACACUUGCUGCGGAACUGCCCAUUUCUGGCAUUCUCAAAGGCAAUAGCCAUCCCGAGGAACCCAUGGAGAAUGAUCAUCAACGCGGGCCAUUAUUGAAAGCCUGCUGGUACCGUGUAGUAUUCGAUGAAGCACAGGUAAUUCGUAAUCGGCAUUCACGUCAAAGUUCUGCUGCUGCACGUCUGCAUUCCACCCUUCGUUGGUGCUUGACAGGCACCCCUAUCAUCAACAGUCUCUCCGAUGUGUUUCCGCUCAUGAGAGCAUUGCGUAUUCAUCCCUGGUACGAAUGGCGCCAUUUCUACUCCCACAUUGUGAAGAAUGAAAAAACGAAUUCGCACCUUUGCGGCAAACGCCUUCAGGGUGUCUUCAGAACUUGUCUCCUUCGACGCAACAAGAACACGAUGUUGGACGGGAAACGACUGAUCGAAUUACCUAAUAAGGAGAUACAAACACUAAUGCUCGACUUUAGUGAUGAUGAGCGCGAGAUUUAUAAUAUGGUAGAGAAGCGUGCACAGGGCGUGUUCAACCGCUUCCUACGCGAAGGAACGGUUCUCAAAAAUUACUCUCAAGUGUUCAGUCUGCUCAUGCGCUUGCGACAAUGUGCUUUCCACCCUGCACUCAUUCAGCAAGACUAUGACGAAGCUGUUCUCGAGAUUAUGGAUGAAAGCCGGAGAGCUGAUGAAAUCAAACGAGCCAGGCUGCUCGUCUCCUCCAAGUUCGUAGAACAGGUCAAAGCACUGCUCAAGAACGCAGCACGAGAACGCAUUCAUAUGGAGCAAGAGUCAACUGACAAUCAGGUGGAAGAUGACUGUCUUAUAUGUUUGGAUGCGAUUGACCAAGCUGUUAUCGCCCCCUGUCAGCACGCAUUCUGCAAAGCUUGUGCUCUCGAGCUUUGCAAAAAAGCCAGCAACGAGCAGGCACACUCGAGCUCCCAACACCCCCAUUGUCCUUCAUGUCAUUCACCUUUUCGCGAGGAACUGCUAUUUGCUCGAAGCGCCUUUGAACCGACCGAUGCCGAGUUGGGUUUACAAGGCUCAGAAGCAUCUCCUGCAAGGAUUCGGGCCACCCUGGGGGAUAACAAAGUUGGUUCGAAUCCAAUCACAUCACGUGGAUGGGAAUAUCAAUCAGACACCGAGUCUGAUGGUUCUUUCUGCGAGUCGGAAUCUGAAGCGUCCCUGAGGGAUCUCAUUGUACACAGUGAUGAGGAAGAGACAGAAGAGGAUGCUGAAAAGGCUGCAAAGAAAGCUGCAAAGAACAAGAUCAAACGGGCCACAGGACAUCAAAGACCGCGUUCGCGAGACUGGAGCCUAGAUGAUAUGUCAGACAUAAUGACAUCGCGACACAGUGGGCGACGAAGAGAAGCAACCCAUAAACUUCUCCCCUCGACAAAGAUGAAUACUAUGAUGAAAUCACUCAAGGCCUCCAGGAAGGACAAACCUGCAGACAAGACUCUUGUCAUUUCCCAGUUUGUAUCGGCUCUAGAUGUUGUGGCAGGUUAUCUUGACGAACAACGUUUCACCUACGUGAGAUAUCAAGGUUCCAUGACCAAGACCGCCCGUGAGAAUACUGUCAAGAACUUUAUGGGUGUAAGUGGACCUACGGUGAUGUUAAUGUCGCUAAAUGCUGGAGGCGUUGGUCUUAAUCUUACGUGCGCCAAUCAUGUCAUCUCUUUGGAUCUGGGAUGGUCCGAAGCAAUUGAAGCCCAAGCCUUUGACCGUGUUCACCGCUUUGGACAAGUGAAAGACGUCCAUGUUGAGCGCCUUGUCAUCAAAAACACUGUAGAAGACCGAAUUCUCGCACUGCACAAGCGAAAGCAAGGAUUGGCGGACCAUUCCCUUGGGGAGGGGAACGGGAAGAAGCUGAGGAAGUUAUCCGUCCAGGAUCUUCAGGACCUGUUUGGUGGCAAGCUAUGAAGGUCUUAAAUGAACACUCUAACCAUCAAAGGAAAUUCGUUUCUACCAUCAUUUGGACAGCCAUGUCCGUAUUUAUACUCAAUACGGAAUGCAACUAAUCAUACCAUUGUC